GGAAACAGCCAACGGAUGGAGAAGGAGGGAUUUGAAAGAAGCCUGUCUCUUCUUGAGGACAGAGGUGUUGUGGUCCAGUCUUUGGUGACUGAUCGUCACACAGGGGUACAGAAGUUUAUGCGGGAGCAAAAAAAGGACAUUAGACACUUCUUUGACCCUUGGCAUAUGGGAAAAGGGCUUGGUAAGAAAAUUGAUGCCCUUAGUAAGGGUAAGGGACUGCAGGAUGUGGGGCUGUGGAGAAAGAGUGUGGUAAAUCAUCUUUAUUGGUCUGCGACCACAUCAACAUCUGGGGAGGAGGUAGUGGCCAAGUGGAGCUCUGUAGCGAACCACAUUCAGAACAUCCACUGCCACGAAAGCACCCUGUUUCCUUCUUGUCUCCACGAGCCUCUUGUUGGUGAUCAGACAAGACACUGGCUCAAACCAAGCACAGCAGCAUGUGAAAAAUUCACAGCAAUUUUGUUGUCACCACGUCUUCUUAAAGACAUGCAGAAAAUCAGUCGAGAAUACCACACAUCUGGAAUCGAGUGUUUCCACAGCCUCAUUCUGAAGUUCUCACCAAAAAAUGUGGUGUUCUCCUUCAAAGGAAUGUUGUGCAGACUACAGCUUGCUGCAAUGCACUAUAAUGAAAAUGCAGGCAGAGCACAGGCAUCCACUGCAGCUGGUGACUUGCGAUACUCAAUCGUUUUCCCUAAAUUUAAGCACGGAGAAUUCACAGUGAGACCUCUGAAAAUCAAUCCGACCACAGGCUACAUUGACAAGUUAAUGGAGCUGCUGUUCCACCAUGUGGUCGAAGACCCUCAGCCAUACCUGGACUUCUCUGGACAAAUGGCUGUACCAGAAAAACUGUGUGCUCAGUUUAUUCGGCCUGACAAGGAGGAGGCAGUGAGAAGACACAGGUCAAGGUUCUUUUAACCCUGGAGAACCCAAGAAACCUUUUCUUAGCAGCAAUUAACAUUGUCCAAAUUUGACCCGUGGGAUCUCCAGGGUUAAAAACACUAGGUUAUACCCACUCUGCCAGCUUGGACACACCUGUCUGUCAUUUACAACAAUCAAGAAAAAUAAUUUGCACUGUGUAAGCGCUACUGAUUCAAAUGAAUAGAAAUAGGUUAGUACAUAUUUUUUAUUGUGUAGUUUGUAACUCCAGAUAAAAAUUAUUCUUUAUAAAUCAUUUUUAUAUUAUAAACAAAAUAU